CGAUCGGUGCAUCGGCGUAGUUAGCCGGGUCUUCAGACAGGAGCUUCAGCACAACGGGCUGGUCAUGGCCGGGGACACCGGUUGCAAUGACGUCGGUGAAGGUGCCACCGCGGUCUGGGAUUGUCAGUAUCUAUUACUGAGGAACAGUGGGAGGCGAAGCUACGCACCUAUGGAGAUUCGAAUGCCCGUCGCAGCCGGCAUUUUGCAGGAUGUCAAACGAGCGAACAAGAUAAACGAUUAUACGGGCAACUCUGGAGCAAAGAAGACCAUGAAACUCCUUCCUGAUGGUCUAUCUAUCUCUCUAUCAGCCCCCGGUGCCGCGAUAUGCACGUAUAAAUACCGCAUCAUGGCAUUGAUUGACCCUCGCCGGACGUGGCGCCGGCCAACGAUACGGCACCACCCACAAGGAAGCUGAAUGCGACGAGGCACCGACGAUUGGGCCCUCGAGCCAGGGCAAUCAAGUCCGAGCAGAAGACCAAGUGGAACCGUCGGUAUGAAGCCCGAGUGUUUAACCUCCCUGCAGAAGACGCUUAUCGUUCCCCCGCGGGCUCAGAGCUUACGAGUUUAGCUUUCUGCGUCCAGCUCAGACCACGGUUUAGGGUCCAAUCAUGAUAUCCUUGCCGGUCAUCGACAUUGUCUAUUUCGUGGUCGGACCACUUUUUAUCGUCUGCCAAUGUUGAUACUCCGUAGUCUCUUGAUAGAGGGUUGGAGUGUACGGAAGGACCGGUGAUAUAAACCCUGGAAGAAUCGCCGUAAAACAGCAGGUCACCAUGAUAGAAAGAAGAGGGACAGCAAGAAGGAAGACAGACCACCCGUGCUGCAGUCAUGGAUAUUGAGAAGACACCAGCCGGCACGCACCAGGUCCCGGAGGACCCCAAGCUCCUCUCCAAGGACCUUGAUGUCGCCAACCAGAUCCUGGUCGACGCGGGCGAAUAUGCGGACGAUGUGUUUACCGAGGAGGAGGACCAGAAACUGCGGCGGAAGAUUGACUGGCGUCUGAUUCCCAUCGUGAGUCGGUUCCGAUCUGCCUGCCUUACGGAGGAUGAUGCCAAUUGAGAUUGGAUUGAAUGAAUAGAUGACCAUCUGCGCAACGCUGAACGGCGUUGACAAGGUCUCCGUGUCGACGGCUGCUGUCUACGGACUUCAGUCAGAUCUGCACCUCCACGGCGACCAGUUCUCGUGGAUCGGGAGCAUCGUCUACUUUGGUGGUCUUGCUGCCAUUAUCCCGACCUCGUGGGCGAUGCACCGGCUGCCCAUUGGAAAGGUCGGUAUCCUCAGCGUCAUCCUGCUUCGUCCAAUGCACACUAAGCGAAGGUCACCAGUACUACGCUGUUAAUAUCUUCCUGUGGGGAGCUAUUGAGAUGAUCAUGGCGGCGUGCCAGAACUUCGGAGGAUUGCUGGUUUGCAGGUUGCUCCUCGGUGCCCUCGAGGCCUGUUCCACUCCCGCCAUCACCGUCAUCUACACCAUGUUCUACAAGAAAUCAGAGCAACCCGUCCGCAACACGAUCACAUUCGGCGCCUACUCAUCCGUAAUCAACGGCCUGAUCGGCUUUGGCAUCGGCUUCAUCCCCGCCGGCUCCGGCUCAUUUACCGGCUGGCGGUGGCUCUUCGUCGUACUCGGCGGCGUCAGCGUCGUCUGGAGCGUCUUCGUGUUCUUCUGCCUGCCCGAUAACCCGGGCAAUGCUAGAUGGCUGACGUCCCGCGAGAAGGCCAUGGUGGUGCGCCGCGUCAGCGAGAACCAGACCGGCAUCGAGAACAAACAGUGGAAGUGGUACCAGGUGCGCGAGUGCUUCUUCGACUACCGGACUUGGAUUCUGUUUUUCUAUGUCAUCGGCGUCACGAUCCCCAAUGGCGGUCUUAAUACCUUCAACGGGCUGGUGAUUAAGAGCCUGGGGUUCAACAGUCGCCAGACAUCACUCUUGCAGAUCCCCACGGGGAUCUUCUCCACGCUGGCUGCUCUCGUUGCCAGCUUCUUCGCAGCGCGCACAGCCCGCUUCAGGACGCUGACGAUGGCCAUCGUCCUCCUGGUCCCGAUCAUUGGGACCAUCCUGAACCACGUCUGCCCCCUCUCAGACACCGGCGCCAGACUGGCUGGUGUGUAUCUCAUCUACACGUACUAUGCAGGAUACAUGCUGUCGUUGUCCAUCUACCAAGCCAAUACGGCCGGCCACACGAAGAAAGUCACGGUUUCAUAUUUGAUGUAUCUGGCCUACGCAGUCGGCAACAUCAUCGGCCCCCAGACCUUCAUCGCCAACCAGGCUCCCAAAUAUACCGGCGGCAUCACGGCUAUGCUGGUCAGCUACUGCGUCUGCAUCGUCUUGGCCCUAGCCCUUGGUGCUUCGUACCGUCUUCUGAACCAGUCUCGUCGUGGACCGGAGGAUUCUAAUGGGCCGCAGCCGUUCCUGGAUAUGACGGAUAGGGAGAAUAAGGCGUUUGUCUAUACUACUUGAUGCGGACGGUGUCAUCGUACCUGUUGUCUAUGUCUUGUGUUGUUGUUGCCUGGCUUGGUGUUACGUUCGAUCUCCAUUGCGACGCGUAGGAUG